AUGAGCAAUAGACAAUCUUUGAAUGGUGGUUUUAGUACUAAUGGUGGAAUUAAUAAUUCAAUGAACAAUAUCAAUCCAUUAUUAUCUAAUACUGCCACCACCAAUAAUAAUAACAAUAAUAAUACUACAACAACAACACCAGCGACGAGUACCAUACUCUAUGCUGGAUUAUUAUAUAUUCCGAAUUCUGUAUCAUCAAACUCUAAAAAAGCAUCAACAACAACAGCAAUACCGAAUGUUUCUUGUAAAGAAUACUAUUGUGAAUUGUAUGCUCAGGUUUCUAAUACAUCAGGAAAAUCCACAAUAUCACUGAGUACUUUGGGAUCAAUGUUUGCAUAUUAUACAGGAACUUUAACAUCUUCAUCAGCUCCACAAGUACAACACUUUUUAAAUCUAUUCGAGAAACCACCUCCAGAAUAUUUACAAAAUAUAAUAGAGGAAAAUCCUACUUCUACAUCAACAGUAGCUCCAUCGUUAUCUGAAAAGGAUCCAUCAUCUCGUAGUAGUACUGUAUCUUCAACAACAACCAAUCCUUCUUCCCUUGUUAAUAUUACUCCAAAUAAUUCCAAUUUAAAGAAUAUUCCCUCUACUUCCAUUUCCUCAUCCUCCAAUACCUCAAAAUCAUCUUCUACUGUACAGUCAUCUCCUUCUCCAAGUUCCUUUAUGAAAAAUUCACUUCCAAUUUUGUCAGAGACCAUGAAACCGAGUAUGCAAAUUUCUUUGAGUAAUAUUGCAGUGAGAGUAAGUUUUUUAACCUAUUCAAACUUUCUAAUGUUAUGUGAAAAGGUUGAUCCUAUGGAAGUAUAUUUCUAUUAUUGUUUUGAACUUGUUUCUCCCACAGUUGUAUAUAAAUUCUUUUGUAGAUCUGAAAAUGAAAUGAAAAGGUGGACUGAAAUUAUUGAAAAAGUUUCUCCCAUUUGUAAAGAAAAUGCACUGAUAGAAGAGUAUGAAAGAAAAAUUGUAGAGCUAGAAAGAUCAGGCAAUACUAAAAAACAAUUAUCUCACAAUAAUGAAAUACGUCACUAUAGAAUGAAAUAUUACCACCAUAUAUUACCUUCUUCAAGUACAAAUUUACUAAAUGCAGCAAACAAUACUGGAAUGAUUGCAAACAACAAUCUUCAAAGGAGACAUAGUACAUUUUCGGGAGAUCCAUACGAACCAAAUCAAAACUAA